AUGCUCGGACUCCCAUCCAAGACCCCCGAGAGCGCCCCUCCCUACGAGGCGCUCGACGCCAUCGAGGCCCAGCCCAGAGAGCCAAACAACCCUAAUGGCUACUCGACCAUCUCCUCCACAGACCCUGAUCCCGUCCGCGCUGACGAACAACACCCACUCCAGCACGGCUAUCUGCAUUCCCAUCCGCGCUCUCCCGGUCCCCCAGGCCGAGCUGGCUGCCGCAUCGACACGCUCCCUCCGCCUAGCACGUUCCAGCCGCACACGCACUGCGAGGUCUGCGAUGGGUUCUUGACACGCCAGCAGCGGAUGCGCAAUGAGCGGUUCAUCUGUGCUAUGGUUACGCUGGGUAUUAUCUCUGCUAUUCUUUGUGGGAUGGGACUCGGUAUUGUGAUUGCGAGGUCGAGGAGGAGGUACUAG